GUUCAAUUUUAUCCAAGACUUCCUUUGUACACAGCUUUGUUGCAGCUUGAUUAUCAGGAGCUAAACAAUUGGAUGGAGGUUAUUCUUGGUGAAGAAGGACAAAAGCUAAAUCCUGUGCAUGAACCAUUAUUCAAUGGACUGCUUCAACUCACUAGAGUUUCAAUGGUUCUUCUUCCAGCCGUGGAGCACUUUCUUUUGUCAAACUUGCAACCUGGGAGUCCCGUUAUGAGUACCGUGAAAUAUUACGAAUUUAUACCUUACCUCAGUUAUCGACCUUGGUUACAAUUUGUCCCAGUCUAUGAGAAGCUCAGAUCACUCUUGCAGGAUGCUGCUAGCGCAUCCCGUGUGUUGGAAUCUAUUUCUGAUCUUAUAUCAAACUGGUGCAUCGUUCAGUCCUCUCAUGAGGACGAAGAAUUUUGGAAAACGAUCAAUAAUCUGAUAGGGAAUGUGAUUGGCGAUUUUAUGGAAAGUUUUUGUGGGCAAGCUGAACACUAUACUGACUGUAAAUUAAGCUUCGUUGGAUUUCUGCGUGUGAUUUACCGAAUUGACUACGAGCACCUCAAACUUUCAAAUUUAGUUCUGCCACCGGUUGUACUUUAUGACCUAUACUUCUCAUCGAACCCUGUUUUAGUGGACGCAGUAUGUCGACAUGUGAGUUUUUGCAAACGCUACUAUGCAAAUUUUCUGUCUACCCAACAAGGACAUGGUGCGAUAAAUUCGGACUUGACACAAGUGAUGUUCAGCAUGCUCAAAAACUUGCACAAUUCUUACGUGAUGGAUUUGUGUAAUAUCAUUUGGAGAGACAAGGCAUUCGACAGAAAUGAGAAGUCUACCGCCAAG